AUGUCCAAUUUUCGUGUCGUUGAACACGUUGCUCGUGCGCAGAAUGUUCGCGAGCGUCCUGGUGCAGUCAAAUUUGGCCAUGAACAGGAGCUGAGACUGGCAGUCAAGCAAUAUAUUCCACAUGACAACCCCUGUCCUGCAAAAGGAGAUGUCACGCUGAUUGGCGCCCAUGCAAAUGGGUUUCCAAAGGAGCUCUACGAGCCCCUUUGGGAUGAAAUAUAUACGAGACUACGUGCCCGCAAUCGGCGUAUUCGAUCCAUUUGGAUUGCAGAUGUCGUUCAACAGGGUCAGAGCGGUGUUCUUAACGAAUCUAUCCUGGGAGAUGAUCCAAGUUGGUUUGACCACGGGCGAGACCUGCUGUUUCUAUUAAACCAAUUUCAAGACCAAAUUCCGGGGCCUCUGAUUGGCCUUGGUCACAGCAUGGGUGGCAUGCAAUUAGCCCAUCUAUCCCUAAUGCAUCCGUCACUCUUUGAAGGUCUAAUCCUGAUGGAUCCGGUUAUUCAACGAGACAACCCAAGUCGGACGUACGCUUUGCCAUCUACUUACAGGCGGGACCUUUGGCCCUCCCGCGACGAGGCUAGGGCAAAGUUCCAGUCCAGCAGUUUCUAUCAAGCCUGGGACCCCCGUGUGCUGGACAAGUGGGUAGAAUAUGGACUCCGCGAUUUGCCGACAAAGCUAUAUCCCAUUUCGGAGGAUACCAUGCGUGGAAAGUCCGCUGUUACACUGACGACACCCAGGGCGCAAGAAUUAUUCACAUUUCUGCGAUCAUCUUAUAUUGAUGAGAGGUCAGGUCUACCUCGAGGCGUUCCCGAGGAGGAAAUGCAUCGUGACGACAUUGACGGCUUCCCGUUCUAUCGACCCGAACCUCCCCAGAUUUUCCGUCGUCUACCGGAGUUGAAGCCGGCCGUUCUGUAUCUCUUCGGGAGUGAUUCCGACCUCUCCUCUCCCAGAGCUCGUCGAGAGAAAUUAGUAAUGACCGGUACCGGCGUGGGGGGUAGCGGCGGCGUAUCUCGCGGCCGUGUACAAGAAGUGGUUCUUCCCUGUGGUCACCUCGUCCCUAUGGAACGUGUGCAAGAAAGUGCCCAUGCGAGUGCUGAUUUCAUCGAUUCCACGCUCUCGUCUUCGGAAGCUCGAAUUGGGAAGUUCCAGAAAGCCUGGGGCCGCGUCCCGCAUGAUGAACGCACAGCUAUUGAUAAGCAGUGGGAAAGUCAUAUUGGUGUCUUGCCAAAGAAGCCCAGACUUUAA